UGUUUCAGAAAUAAUGUUAGAGACUGAUGUGUGUUCAGUUUGCGGGGGUGCGGCUGAAACCAACUUUAUAAAGAAUAAGUUAACAUACACUUGUGCUUCACUACAAACAUCACUUCACACACUCUUGGGAGAAGGAAAAUAUCGAGCAGUGUGUCAUCUCUGUUAUGCACUGAUUGAUCGAAUUGAUUUUCUUCAACUCGAAAUUAAACUGAAACUAAGCGAGCUCAAGACUAUCUUUUCACAAACAUUAAGGAAAAUUUCCGUAAGUACUAAACCCAUGUACUGUAGAGAGAUAAAAGAGAAAGUAAAAUUACCAAGAUUCCCUUGCAAACUCUGCUUGAAACUAUUAACGGAGCGUGGUCUGGAAAAGCAUAGAAAAGUCUGUAUUGCCAAACACAAUAAUAAAGUUCCUGCUGACAAUGUUCUCGUGGAAAGCAAAGUAGAGCAGUUUAAGUGUAAAUUAUGUGAGAAAACGUUUACACGUCAGAGCGACUGCAAGAAUCACAUCAGAAUUCAUACAGGAGACAAACCGUUCCAGUGUGAAGAAUGCGGAUCUAGAUUUAAUCAAAAACAAAAUUUAAGAACGCACAUGAGGAUCAAACAUUUUAAGGAGAAGAGAUAUGAAUGUGUUGAAUGUGAUAAAAAGUUUACUCGGAAACGUCUUCUGGACGGACACAUGAACAGCAAGCAUAAUCAGACCCGACCCUAUCAGUGCCAGUUCUGCCAGGCUCGGUUCUUUUACGCUGAUCAUGUUCGGAAACACGAGGCAAAAUCCUGCCGGGCUCACAAAAAACAAUGUGUGCAGUGUAAAAAGUUUGUUCAUCAAAGUUCACUGGAAUCUCAUGUUUGUAGGAGUAAAGCAGGAGGUAAAAGCAAUAAAAUCAAUAACACUGAAAAUAAAGAGGGUCAGCUUAAUAUAACUAAUAGUCAGGUUAUUUUGUGUGUUCCGGAUCAAGAAAGUCUGUUAAAACUCUAUCAAAUAGGGGAACAUGGAACACCUGGGGCUAGGAACAUGGUCAAGAUUAGUGAAGAUCAAAUACAAACCUGUGAAAUACUCAUUGACAGUAUAGAAGAGAAUUGUAUAGCAGUUGUGGAAGAGGAGGUGGUUAUGAUAGAGGAGAAGGUUGAGCACCCCCAGGCGGGGUUGAAGGAGAAGGCUGAGAACCCCCAGGCGGGGUUGAAGGAGAAGGUUCAGAACCCCCAGGUUGAGUUAAAUGACAGAUCAGCUGAGUUUGAGGUGGAUAAUGCUGUGUUUAGUAUUGUUUAGAGUUCUGUUUAUUGAGGCAGAUAUAUUUAUUUUUGUUGGGACUUCAAGCGUAAUUUCAAGUGACCCUCCAUUGUCAAUAUGGCAAUGCCAGAUUAUCAACGGCACCCUGAAAAUCUUUGUUUGAUAUUUAUAUUAAUAUAUGACGAAGAAAUCAAUGUUUAUAAUUUAAAAAACUGAUUAAUUUCAAUUGUAGAUUCACUACUGAAGUGACUUGCGCAAUUCUGCUCCAGGAAAACAAACAGCACUUAUCAGAGUUAUAAACACACUAUAAUGUUUUCUAAAGUAUUGAUUGAUUUGAUUUGAUAGAUCAGACAAAUUUUUCAAGGGUACUGUCGUGAAUCGGGUAUUGCCAUCUUUAGAAUUCACGUUCACAGUCACUUCAAAGAACGUGUUCGCACAAAAUUUAGUUAAUUGUUUAACCUGUGCUGAUUUUGGAACUUUAAUUCAGUAAAAAAUACUUUGCAAAAAAUCCUUUAUAAAGAUUGUAAUCAUGUGAAUUGUAGUAUUUAACCUCAAAGCUUUGUCAAAUAUUGAGAGGAUUGAUAAUGCUGAAGAUCAUUGCUAAUGAAUGGUUGUUAACUUCAUAUAACACAGAAGAUCUAUAAUGCUGAAGAGUGAAGAUCCCUGUAAAUGAUUGUUAACUAUAUAUUACAGAAGAUCAUUUAUGCUUAAGAUAAAACAAAUGAUCGUUAACUAUAUAUUUAAGAAGAUCAUAAAUGCUUGAGAUAAAAACAAAUUAUUUUUAAAAAUUCAUUACAGAA